UUAAUUGAGAAAUGUCAAAUGUCAAAUGUGAACCUCACCCAAAUAGCGACGUAGAAAAACGACGAAAACAAACAAAGUUUUCCUUAAUACGGGCGUCGUUUCGCCUAAAUUUUAAUGAAAUGGACCGUAAACGAACGAAAUGAACGCAACAAGAAUCGUUGAGUUAAACAUCCUUUGACAAUAUCCGCCUAAAUCGGAAAAACAUGGCUGGUGCCUCCGCUGAAAGUGAAGUUUCCUCGAUUUGUUCCGUAGAUAGGUACGGUUUUUUGAAAGAUGAGUCGAAAAUCUUGAACGGGACGAAAGAAACGCCGACCCCCGAAACGGUGAUUAGGAGAGAACACAAAUGGCUUAGCAUGUUAUCCAAAUGGGAGUAUUACACGAUUAAGGAUUAUAAAAAGUUGAGGAAUCGUUGUUAUAAAGGUAUUCCAAUGUCGAUACGACCAAGGGCUUGGUUGUAUUUGUGUGGGGGAAAAAUUUUGUUGGAUAAACACCCGGAUAAGUACGAAGAGUUGAUUCGAGAAAGUGGAGAUGUGAAAUGUUUGGAUGAAAUCAAAAAGGAUUUGCACCGACAAUUCCCUUAUCACGAGAUGUUUAUUUCUGAGGAAAAGCCGGGCCAACAAGAAUUAUUUAAUGUUUUAAAAGCGUACACUGUUUAUAAUCCUUCGGCUGGUUAUUGUCAAGCUCAAGCUCCCGUGGCAGCUUUUUUAUUGAUGCAUAUGCCUUCAAUUCAAGCAUUUUGGUGUUUGGUGAGAAUCUCCGAUAAAUACCUCCAAGAUUAUUACUCCCCAUCCAUGGAAAUCGUACAAAGAGAUGGCCUAAUUUUACAAGCAUUAUUAAAAAAACUCUCCAUGCCGAGUUAUAAACAUUUAAAAAAAGUUAAUGCCGAACCAAUGUUGUAUUGCACCGAGUGGUUUUUAUGCGCUUUUACACGUACCUUACCCUGGGAUACUUUAUUGAGGAUUUGGGACGUUUUUCUUUGCGAGGGGGUUAAAGUCCUGUUUAAAACGGCGUUGGUUAUUUUAAUUGGGUGUUUGGGGAAGCACGAGCAAAGAAAGAAGUGCCCGGGGUUGUACGAGACGUUGCAGUUGUUGCGGAACCCCCCCGAGCACGUUUUAACAGAAGAGUACCUUAUUUUUCAUAUAAAUAAGCUGAAUUUAACAGAGAGGGAUUUUGAAGUGGAGCAUGUUCGGCAAACUAUGAAAAUGAAGAAUCAAAAACACGAUUCCAGUAAAUAAUUAUUAAAUUUGGUGCUCAUAAUUAAUAUAUUCCAUUAAUUAAAUCAAAUUAAAAGUGCAAAUUUAAAACAUAACCUUAUUAUUUGAAUUUUUUUUGAAUUUUUUGGUUAGAAUGAGGUUAUCUUUUUUUUGAUUUUUAUAGUAUUAAUCGUUAAGUCAUAAUUUAAUGAAAAAAAAAAUAUAUAACGUAGAUUAUAGUAAAUGAAAGAGUAUUUAUUUUUAUAUAAUCGUUUCUAGUUAAAAAGGAGUUGUGCAUUUUUGUCUCGAAUUGAGAUUUAUUUCGAUGAAAAAUGAUAAGUUUAGGUGCUUCCUUAAGGCAGAGUAAUAAUUGUUUUGGAAAUAAACUUGUUGUGAUCACU